AUAACGCCGCGGGCAGCUGUUUGCAGCUGAAUAUACUUAUAUAUAUUAUAUAUACUUAUAUAUAUAAUAUGUGAACUUGGCUAGAUUUCUUUGCCAGAAGCAUCUUAUAGCCCUUGCGUUGAGUUGAGCGGCAUCAGAAGGUGUGUUAAUCACUGGUAACAGCUGCUUUUUAAUGUGUAUGUGUGAGUGCGCCUAUGAACUUCAGUAUCCAGUGCUGUAUACGUACAUAUAUGUAUAUGUAUAUGUAUGUGUGUAUGUGUAGAUUAUCAGCGGCAGCUAUCUGUGGUAUCUACACAUUGCUGCAGCUCGGCUGCCACAGCGCGUCAUGGCUCAGUUGCGUGUGGACGCACCACGGAUGUGGACAAGAAUUCCAGCAUUUGGCGCUUAAAUGCCGUAAAGUACGCGUUUUUAACCUUAGUGCACUUGCAAUUUGUACAUUUGUGUAUUUGUAAAUAAUUUUCGAGCGCUAUUUUAUAAAAAAAAUUAUGAUUUGGAGCUUCAAAGUGAACACACUGAUAAUAAAAAUAAAAAAAUUAUUAUAUGCAGCGCGAAUAACAAGUACUUAGUUAGCUAAUAACGGCACGUUUGCUACAUAUAAUAAAAAAAUCGCAAGUAUAUAAGACAACUGCAGCGCUGAAAGCAAAGCUACGGAAAUAAAAAUCACAUAUCUUCCCUUGGUUACUUAAAAAUAUCACAUGCGAUAAAAUUAUAAACUAUAAACCGACAAAAAUAAGUAAAGUCGUUACUACCCUUCAAAAACAGUGAAAUUAUCAAACGGCGUCAUCACAAGCGCGUCAGCAGCAUGUCAAAGAAGCUCUUCAUACUUGUUCUGACGGUUGCGCUGGUAGUGAUAAUAUUUGUUAAUAGUGUCAGUAGCUCCGCUGUGUUGAUCUCUGAUAAUGCUAUGUCAGUUAUGGUAGAGCUUUCCUCGCGCCAUCCUUUCUGUAAAAUGCACACUGAUCGUGGUGAUAUCCAACGCAUGCUGCUGCAAUCGGAUCCCAGACGCAUCCGACAGGUACCGCGCGAAUCGGUUAUGGAGCUGGAGGAGGUCUGUUUAAAAUCGGGCUCGUAUGGGCGCGAGUUUCGCGGUGGCUUGGGUUUUAUCUAUCCCGGCACGAAAUGGUGUGGACCAGGCACCACCGCUGACGAUUAUAAUGACUUGGGUCCGCAUAUCGCCGAAGAUCGCUGCUGUCGCGAACACGAUCACUGUCCGAAUGUAUUAAAUGUGGGCGAAUGUCGGCGUGGUCUCUGCAAUACUGGCACUUUUACGCGUUCACAUUGCGACUGCGAUGCGCGUCUGCGCAAAUGUUUGCAAUCACUCAAUACAGAAACGGCUAACACGCUCGGCGCGAUAUUCUACAACGUGGUACAGGUCACUUGCUUCCAAGAGCGCAGUCCGUGCUCGGCACAUCAAAGGGCCGGUUAUAAUAAAACGGAACAGGAUACCAUUUGCGCUCAGUGGCAAUAUCAGCCAUCCGAAAAAUAUGUACCCAGUGCACCAGGACGCACUUAAAUUAUUAAGAGACAGCAUAAUAAGGAAGAUGACCGGUAACGAUGGAGCAACAGAACAACGAAAAUUUCAGCAAUUAUCUCAACUUAUGUACUAUAAAUAUAUGAGUACCUAAUUUUACAUACAUAUAUACCUGAUUAAAAAUGUAUACAAAUUUCUUAUAACAAACGAUCAAAUAGAAAAUUACGCCAAAGUAUGGUACAUUACGAAGGAAAUGAGACCAGAGAAAGUAUUAAUCACUCUUAUUAAUAAAAAUAAUUGUAUAAAAAUACUUAUUUAACUAUUUUUAAUUUGUUAAUUGUUUAUCAAUAGUAACAAUAUUUUUAUAUAUUUUUAUUAACACGUGCGCAAAAUAUUUAUGCACAAUAUAGUUUCAUACUGCUAAUACUUUUUCAUGAAAUCACAUUUCAUAAUCACGGUUUCUCUUUGUUUUUAUAUUUCUUUUCAAACGAAUCGCGCUUAUGCCAGGUGGCAAAUAUAUCAAAAAAUAGUUGGCGUUUUUAAAGAGUUAAAAACUUUUGUAAUAUUUUAUUCACUUUCGAUACUUUCUAUGUUCCAUUUUUAUACCCUGCAAAGGGAGACCGUAUAAAGUAUACCAUAAAUGAUCAGUGUGACGAGCUGAGUCGAUUUAGCCACGUCCGUCUGUCUGUCCGUCUGUAUAUACGCGAACUAGUCUAUCAGAUAUUGGUUUGGAAUUUUACAGACGUCCCUUUCUCAUUAAAAAGCUUGUUGCCAUACAACUGACCGAUCGAACCCAAGUUCUUGUUUGGAAAAUUUUUUUUUAUAGCCGCCAUACAAACUGAAAGUCCUUGUAUCGAAAACUUUUUUUUUAUUUGACCAGAUAUAUUCACGAAAUUGGGCAGAUAUUAUGUCCGAACAUAAAAGUUCAGUUAGGACAACUAUAGUAUAUAGCUGCCACACACAAACUAACCGAUAACCAAAAUAUAUAGUCAUUUUUUUCCGAACUUUAUUCAUAAGGCAACCUUUUUCCUUCAAUUAUUUAAUUACUUUUCCAAAUUUCAUUCAAGUGGAAAGCUUGUCUCUUUUUUGUUUUUUAAUUUGCACCAGCUUAAUAAAUUUAAAAUGAAAGCAAAAAAAUUUAGGAAAUGUGUAAGAAAAUGACGGAUUGUGUAGGGCGGAAAUAUCUUUAGAUAUCUUAUACGAGCACAUAUAUACAGACAUGAAAUUGAAGUCUAUUUAUGUUACAAAUACUUACAUAUCAAUUGUAUAUCAGUAUCAAUUAAUACAUGCAAAAUAUGAAAUACCUACUUAUGUACAAAUAAAUAAAAUAUUUUAUGCUCAAAGAA